AACUCAGUUACUUCAUCAAUGUUUCUUUUUACAACAUUAAGGUCUUAGAAAUUUAUCAUGCAAGAAAUUAGGUACUUUUAUAGAAGAUUUAAAAUAGACAAUUUGAUUCGCCUACAUAUAUACAUAAAAACUAUUCCGAUGUCUUGUAUUUGUUUUUACUAUUCCAAUAUAUUUAACAGUUAAUAACAGCUAUUGGUAAAGAAUGGCAUCCGGAACAUUUCACUUGUGCUAGUUGUCGUGUUGGCUUAGUUCGUCAAGAUUUCUAUGAACGUGAUGAUCAAGCUUAUUGUACUCAAUGUCAUCUACAAAUGUUCUCACCUAGAUGUGGUUAUUGUGGAGAGGCAGUUGUCGAGAAAUGUGUUUUGGCUUUGGCACGUGCAUGGCAUCCUGAGCACUUUUUUUGCUACGAAUGUCAUUCCACUUUUAAUGGAUCGUUAACAGUACAUGAACAAAAUGGCAAAUUUUACUGCUCUAUCUGCUAUUUCACACGAUUUGGAACUCCAUGCUCUGGCUGUCAACAACCUAUUACAGAUGCAUACAUAACUGCAUUGGAUAUGCCUUGGCACAAAGAUUGUUUUACUUGUCAUAGCAUAUGUUUCCAAAUUUCUCAAGCACUUCUCACUAAUUAUGUUAUAUUUUCUUGAAUCGAUGUCCAAUCUUGUUUAUUACUAUUGAUAUUAUUGCUAUCUCAACUACCCUGGGAUUUGACCUAAAAUCUUCGUUUUGUUGUACCACUGCGGUUCGGCGAAUCGAACCGAUGUACAUAAUUACCGCGUUCAACGUUUAAUCGGACAGAAUGACUGACUUGCAAUCGUAAAUUCACAUACUAUAACUUCAAAACAUGCAUUUGUUUCAAACUUGACACUUUUAGACCAAUAAUUUGAGUUUGCAAUUCUGGUUCCUGAUAAAAACCUAUUGAAAAUGAUAUUUUCCGUUCAUAUAUCUGUACCUUUUUGUGAAGGAAUAUAGUUUAGAAAUAUGUUACAUUUGAUCAAUGAGUAGUAAUUGACUUAUGUGGUACAAUCGGAAAAUGAUUUUUUUUUUUGAAAAAGUGACAAUUCCAAAGAUUUCAUAGUGUACAUCAAUUUUUAGCUAUUAUAAAUAUUUUAGAGAUUUCAUUGUACUUUGAGAAUAUAAAUGGACGACGCACGCUUCAGUAGAAAAUUUGAACUGUACACAAUCCACUGUAUUAAAGAAAUUAAUUAACCACUCGUAUUAUUAGUAAACCAAAUUUUUUGAAGUCACUCACAGUCUGAUGAUCAAACAAUAUGCUUUAUUUAUAUUUCCUGUCUUAUCUAGUUCAACUUUGUCUUUCCAAUCCCCUCCAUUUUCCUCUUUUAAUACAGGAUUGUAAUAGAAUACUCACUGGAUCAAGUUUUCAUGAAAUUGAAGGAUAUCCUUACUGUGAUUCUCACUAUUACUCAAGACGUGGAUUAUUAUGCUCUGCAUGUUCAUUACCAAUUACUGGAAGUUAGUCUUACAUCUCAUAACGUGUUUCUUGCUUAGACUCAACAACUUACACGAAGAUUUAUCAAGCACACUGUGUUAGUCAAUAUUAUACUUUUGAAACUACAUAACAUCUAAAUGUGUGUUUCAUAUAUGUUUUCAUCGCCAAAACACUAUUUGAUGUAAAAAGUAAUGUAUUCAUUUUGUAAUUUGAGUAUUACGUUAUAACUCAUGAUCAUGUUCACUUAAUUGAAUAUUUUGAAAUGUUUACGUGUACUAAGCAUUUUGAUAAUUACUCAAUCAAGAACCAAGUACAUACGGUCUAAAUAAUUGAAAAUUAUUACUGUUAUGAUUUAACAUCUAUUUUUCGGUCCUGAUAUAUUGCUAUAUGUACACUUGGUGUUAGAAAUGUCACCAUAGUUACUUUCAUCUUUAUUUUCAUAGAUAAGUAGUUAGAUUAUUGUAAAAUACUGAACACCUUAAUGUUGACUAACUCAAAAGCUUAGAAACCGAACCUAUGUUCUACAGUUGGUAUGAGCAUAGCAAGAUAGUUGAUGACUUAACGAGAUUUAGAACAAAAUAUUAUCAACUGUUAUAAAACAAGUUGCGUAAUGCUCAGUAGAAGACGUGCCUUUUGUAAGGGACAUUUUAUUGUCCCAAUAAAAGGAGACAUUACUACAUAAGACGUCUGUGAAGAUAAUCAGUAAACGACUAACAAUAGUUGACAACAGAAUAAUAUUGAGAAUCAAGUAACAAAUAGAAAGGAAAUAUAAUGUCUAAGUUCACGUCAACGUUGGGCUUGAAAUCAUAGGGGCAACAGUCAUAGUUUAUAAAUAUUCCCAAUAUCUAGCUGAAAAACAUCUCCUUCCAUUGAGUAGUUGUAAGCACAAAUAUAAGCUUAAGAACGAAACCACACCAGAAUUUCCCUCUUU